AUGUCGACCACCAAAACUCAGGUCAAAGUUGCAUGCCUAGCCUGCCGGUCUAGCAAAACACGCUGUAACGGGCAACACCCAUGCGCAACUUGCAUCGCGAAUGAGCGGGAGUGCCACUACCGCCCGAGUAAGCGCGGUGGGGCGCGAAGGGGCGAGCGAUAUCAAAAUGCAAAACGAACCUCUGCUGUCAGCUCACAGACUCCCGAAUUCUCUUAUGGUCCAAACCAUGAUAGCAGCUCCUUGGGAGAUAAUAUCGUCGAUCUUAUCUACCCCUUGCAUGAAAUACGAAAUGUUCCCAACUUCGUUCACACGGGUAUACCGUCCGAUAUGAACCCAAAUGUAGACCAGGGGGUAACCAGUGGGCCCCCUGGUCUAUUAAUGCUCAGGGCAUAUCGAUCGGAUGCAGACCUGCUGAACGCAUAUUAUAUUUUCAUCCACCCUUAUCUCCCUUUGUUGCCGCCCCCUGAUGUGUCUCACACUACUGAUUGCCCGUGCUCGGUGCCAGUGACGGACAUUGGGUCACACCACUCAUGUCUACCAUUCCGGUCAAAGUCGCCACUGGGUCUAGCCUUGAUGGCGAUCCUGGCAUUGGUCCCUCUCUCAGACGAGCUAGACCCAAUGCGAGAGGCAGCAAUUGCUUCGCGCAAGUCUUAUUCAAAAAUGUACGUGCAGGCCACUCUCGAGUCUAUCGAGAGCUCCAGCGGUUAUGAUGACGCUGGCCAGAACGGCUCUUUUAGCCCUAGUCUACCGCCAAUUCUCGAGGGUAUUCUAGCCCUCCUUCUGCUAGCGGUUUAUGAAUUUUCCCAGAAUAGCAACAGGAAGCGGAUGCGCUCCCACACCCAUCAUGCGUUGACUCUUGCAAUGGAUCUGUCACUUCAUACUUCUGGCACUGAGUGUCUGGACUCCGAAGUUCACCAAAGGGUUUGGUGGAUGACUAUGUUCUUGGUGUAUCAGUCUGCAAUAUUGAACCAUUCGUCUCCUAUCGUCCUUAUGAACGACCAACGUAUCACAACCCCUUUCCCAGUUUUCGCUGGUUGCCGCGAGGUUAUACCGGUCCUGAUGAAAGCACAAGACGUACUUCUUAAGACAACUGAUAUCCACAAGACACUAAAGACAGGCCAUAUCACAGGCUCCCACGAGUCCAUUCGCCAGCAUAUUACUGAACUCAACUCUUACGUCCUAACAGUAGCGGCUGAUCUGAGUCGCUUCCAAACGAUUAAAACCACUGGAGGUGUUGAUGGAUCAGCUGCACACACCCUGUUUCUAACGGGUCGAUUUUUGAUUCACACGUGA